GAUUAACAACAGCAGCUACGCAACACAUUGGCAUCGGCAAUCUCGUUAUUGUUGAACCCGAUGCGCUCUCCAUACGCGGAUCUAAAAAUAUAUAAAUACAGAAAGUCGUUCAUUAAUCUAAUUAAGCAAUUGUAUGUAGUGCAAGCAUUUUACCUACACAUUUCAACCUUUUCGUUUAACUGGAUGCAGUGACAAUUCCCACGGAGAAUCGCAAUGUUAUUCAUUUAUAAUUAGUACACACGAAAAUGACAACAUCUGUCAUUGCCGAUCUGUGCAUUUUUUUGCUGACUUGGAAUGUUGGCACGCAUUCACCCAAAAACCUGGAACUUAUAUCUCUAUUGUCUCUAAAUGGAACAACCAACUGUCCAGACAACAAACUACCAGACAUCUAUGUGAUUGGCAUGCAAGAAGUGAGCACCAGUCAGGUCCUUAACGUUUUCAAGGAUGAUCCAUGGGUGUUGAAACUGGCGGAUGCCCUAACUCCACAUGAUUACGUUAAAGUAAAAUCGGAACAACUGCAGGGCAUACUGAUUACGAUGUUUGCUCAGCACAAACAUCUUCCGCAUAUGAAAGACAUUGAAUCGGAAGAGACACGUACUGGCCUCGGUGGACUAUGGGGCAACAAGGGAGCAGUUAGCAUACGAUUGAGUCUUUAUGGCACUGGCACCGUGUUCGUCUGCUCCCAUUUGGCAGCUCAUGAUGACAAGCUGAAGGAGCGCAUCGAGGAUUAUCACCAGAUAGUCGACAAUCACAAAUACCACUUGGCUGGCUAUCGACAUAUUUUUGAUCAUGACUUUGUCUUCUGGAUGGGAGAUCUCAACUUCCGUUUAUCUGGCGAAACAUCCGGUUGGGAUAUACGGAACACCGUGGAAUUGCGGGAAUAUGAUGAGUUGCUGAAGCUGGAUCAAUUGACGCUACUUCGUCAAACGGGCAAUGCGUUCAGUUUGUUGGAGGAGAUGGUACCUAAUUUUGCGCCCACUUUUAAGUUUAAAGAGGGCACUAAUGAAUACGACCUGAAACGACGCCCAGCUUGGUGUGACCGAAUUCUUCAUCGCGUGCAAGUCAAUAGUUAUCCGUCUAUUACGCUGAGUGCCAAUCAGUUGUCUUAUCAAUCGAACAUGGACUACACGCUCUCCGACCACAAGCCCGUAUCAGCCACUUUUAAUUACAAAAUCGAAGCCAACAAUGGCACGUUCACCGAUGAGGAGCUGCACGAGAUGACCCAUGGCGGGGCGAGCACAAUUCCCAGUGUUAGUGUGCAUGGUUUUGUGGCUCUAAUGGUUUUUCAUGGUUUUUUUAUUUGCUUUUUUCGCUUCUUUUAGUUAUAUAAUGCCGAACUAGAAGGCUUCCAGUGAUAAUUGCAAUCAUGCGCAUUUCAAGAAAUUCAUAUCAAGAUACAUAUAUCGUGCAAUACGUAUUCGUCUGUCGCAAAAGAAAUAUUUUCAUGAUCCUGUGACCUUAUCAAAAUCAACUAAGGAAUCUCAAUAUAUCGUCAACUAGUUACCCACUCAAUGUACAUAUAUACUAUGUACAAAGAAAAUUUCGAAACAGUUCAAUUAAAUAACUACAUAAUAU